CGCUCUGAAGUCUGUCCGACACAGCACACACCAUAACACGACACGACACACACCUAUCCACGCCGCGCUCGCCACCACACGCGCAACAGCAGCCACAAUGCCGACCCCAGACUCUACCACCACGACCACCACGACCACCACCACAGCCCUCACCAAGCGCAGCGCCUCCACCGCGCUCAUGCCUCCGCCCGCCGCACCACCCCCCUUCAAAAGACAAAAGCGCCCAACCACCGUUCUCGACGAAGACACCUACAUCGACGGGCUGUCGCACAUCAUCAAGCGCGACUUCUUCCCCGGCCUGCUCGAGACCGACGUCCAGCAAGAAUACCUCGCCGCCGUCGAUGCCGGCGAUGACGACUGGAUACGCGAAUCCGGACAGCGGCUCAUGGCCGUCAUGACGCCGGUGCCGGGGGGCAGGAGGCGCGGGACCGGGUUUGCGACGCCGGCGAGAGCAACCCCGGCGGCGGCGGUGGGGGAGACGCCCAAGAACGGCGCUUGGGCGGGGGAUACACCUGGCGCUGCGAGCGUGGCGGGAAGCGCUGCUGCUGGGGGAGAAGAGGGACAAGAGCGCAAGCCAAAGGUCAAUCUCGAGCUGAGCCUCACGGAUUACCAGGCCAAAUACACCUCGGAAGACAACGAGAGCUUCAACGCCCUCCUCGACCGCCAGAACCAAAAAAAGGCCGAGAAGUACGCCUGGCAGCGUCUUGGGGAGCGGAUCCCCUCCGCCCGGCGGCUAGAACAAGAGCGCCAGAAACUCCUCAUAGCAUCCUCUUCCUCCGCGGCGCCACAAGGCCGCGUAGCAAACACAAAGGACCUCGCGCUCACCCGCCGCCCCGACGCUGCUACAGCAGCCGCCACGGACCCCGACACGCGCAAAGCCACCGUCGAUACCGCGCGCGACAAACCCCGCAACGCCCUAAUGUUCACACCCGACGUCAUCGAAGAGUCGUAUCAAACCGUCGCGCAAGCCGCAGAAGCAGCAUCCUCCGCCCCGCCCAAACGUACCGUCUAUGGGAACACGCGCCUGCCUCUCCCCGCCGACCCCUCUGCCACCACCAGCACCACGCGCCCGACCUCGCCCACGCACUCCACCAUCGCCGCGGCGCUCGGCCGCGGCCGCCCCGCCCCUCCCCCCAGCACCAACGCGCCGUCCCUCCCCAGCGCAGCAGGCGGCUCCGGCGCCGAAACCCCCCGCGUCAACGGCUACGCGUUCGUGCCGGAGCGGUCGCCCUCGCCGCCGCCGCCGCCGCCGCCGCCCGCCGACCGCGGCCUCCUCGCCAAGCUGGGCGUCACGGCCGCGGAGGGCGCGCAGCGAAACCCGUUUGUGAUUCGCCCUCCGCGCAGGCGCGAGGACAUCCACUACAGGCUUGUGGACCAGGCGGGGAAGCAGCGAGGCGGAGGGGGCGAGAGGUCUGCUUCUGCUGCUUCUACUACUGCUGCAGGAGCAGACAGCGUCAAAGCGCGGACGCCUGCGACGACGACGGCCGUCGGGGCGGGGACGCCGCGCUUUGCGAGCGCGCCCAAGAGCCUGAAACCCGCGGCGCAGCGGCUGCUUAAUCGCGUGGGGGGCGCGUCGCCUAGGGUUUCUGGUGCUGCUGGUGCUGGUGCUCGGAGUCCGUUCGGUGGGGGUAGGGGUGGUGGGUUUGGCGAUGCGUUUGCGUUAGGAAAACGGACGCCGAGGACGCCAAGGACGGAGGGGCGAGGCCGCUUGCUGGCUACGCCGAAGGUUAGGGGGGCGGAGAUGAGGGCAGGGGCGGGAGCGGGAGCGGGGGCGGAGAGGGGGUGAGUGCGUGGGUUGAUGGGAUUGGGGAGGGGUGGGGCAGGGCAGGGCGCUAUGGAAAGAGAUGGGUUUGUUUGGGUUUGUUUGUUUGGAUUGGUGCUUUUUAGACUAUUAUGCGCAAUACCACCAGCCAGUGUCUGCCUAGAUAGGGAAUCGAACACUGCAUACGCGGACAGGCAUGAUGUACAUACAUCUGCCACGCGGAGUUUUUAUCACUCACUCACUCACACAUUUACUUGCUCAUUUG